GCACAGUGCCGUUUAAUCGUUGGAAAGUCACUAACUUAUCGGCCGUCUGAUGGGUUGAUUUCGGAAUGCCCUGAAAGUCUGCUGUCGUUACUUGCCUUCAGUUUCUCAUGAGCCAAGACCAUCAAAAGUGCACGGCUUCGCCAACCAGCGACAAGCAUGACGUCGAAAAGGUCGUGCCUUCUCCAUCGUCAGAUGGAACACAAGAAAGACCUUACAGCAUCUACACUCCCGCCGAAAGGUGGUUCAUCGUAGUAAUAGCCUCCGUUGCCGCUCUCUUCAGUCCUUUGGCUGCUAUGACAUACAUGCCCGCCAUCCCGGUUAUAGCUGCGGAUUUCCAUAAAUCAGUCGAACUCAUCAACUUGACUGUCACUGUUUAUAUGGUUUUCCAGGGUAUUUCUCCGGUAUUUUGGGGAACUCUGGCGGAUUAUGUGGGCAGGCGACCGAUUUUUCUAUCUUGCAUGCUGGUCUUAGCUGUCGCCUGCAUUGGUCUUGCCUCGGUCCCAACCUCGGAUUACUGGCUACUUUUGGUGCUGCGUUGCGUCCAAGCUGCAGGCUCAGCCAGUACUAUUGCGCUAGGCGCUGGCGUUGUAGGGGACAUUGCCACUCGCGCAGAGCGCGGUGGCUUCUUCGGCCUCUUCUUUAUAGGACCACUAUUGGGUCCCACUUUUGGUCCGGUAAUUGGAGGUGCUCUCACUCCAACCCUUGGAUGGAGAUGGAUCUUUUGGAUUUUUGUCAUUGCUUCUGCACUUUGCUUUAUCGCCCUAUCGGCGUUCUUCCCAGACACUUUGCGACAGUUGGUUGGUGAUGGUAGCGUUUUGCCAUCUAGAUUUUAUCGACCUCUCGUUCCACUUGUGGGCCAUGGUAGGCGAGGCAUGACGACAGAGCGGCCUCCGCGUGUCCCCUUCGUAAAUCCGCUGCGUAUUUUGACGUAUCCUGAUGUCCUAGCUCUCCUGCUCUUCAAUGCUGUUCAGUAUGCGCUAUUCUAUGCGAUCAUCGCCACUAUAUCAUCUAUUUUCCAGUCAACCUACUCCUUCCUUAACGAAACCGAAAUCGGCUUGUGUUUCUUGGCUUCGGGUUUUGGAACCACCAUCGGAGGAUAUGUCAUCGGGAAAAUAUUGGAUAGGGAUUGCAGGCUGCUGAAGGAGAAACUCGCCCUUGAACGUAUGAUUACGACGGACACGCCAGGAUUGCGAGAAGCGGUCACCCACGAAGAAAACUUCCCAAUUGAAAAGGCGAGAUUAAAGACCAUACCCAUUCAACUCUUGAUUUGCGUCACAUGUUGCGCGGGCUAUGGAUGGUGCUUGCAUCAGAAGGUUAACAUUGCAGUGCCACUGGUACUGCAAUUUGUAUUUUGCUUUUCAGUGACGGCUAUAUUGAACACCAUUCAAACACUUCUCGUGGACUUGCUACCUGCCCAUGGUUCGUCGGUGACAGCGUGUGACAACUUAGUGCGAUGCACAUUUGGUGCAGUAUGCGUUUCAGUCAUAGACUUGAUGUUGAACGAUGUAGGUGUAGGAUGGACCUACACGAUCCUUGCAUUGAUCAGUCUUUGUACGAGCCCGAUGAUUUGGUUGAUAGUCCGACUCGGUCCGCGUUCUCGGGCCAAACGCCGCGCGCGAAACAGCUAGAGCCUGGGAUACCAUGUGCACGAUUUUACAACGAACUGUUUUUGGAAUUACAAGCCACAGAUAUACUCAUACUGUACCGCCUGACAAUCUGAAACAUCGAUCCUGCUAUAUUCGAACACCUGGGAGAGCUACAAAGUUCACAGCAGUCAACAAAUCGGAGAGGGACACCCACGUCUGCUACGAACAACACGUAGCGAUCUAGUCCCCA